AUCUCUCAUAGUGUCAUCAUUAAACGAAGCGUAACCCACGCGCUAUCACGCCCAAAACAUUCGAUCCAUUUUUCUCUCUCGCCGCCGAUCAAAGCUCCCAACACAAUUGACUUUUAAUCUUCAGAAGAAGAAGAUACUGAAAGAGUAAUGGAUGAAGAGUAUGAUGUGAUUGUACUGGGUACUGGUCUCAAGGAAUGCAUCCUCAGCGGUCUACUCUCCGUCGAUGGCCUCAAGGUUCUACAUAUGGAUAGAAAUGACUACUAUGGAGGAGAAUCAACUUCCCUCAACCUUGUUCAGCUCUGGAAGAGGUUUAGAGGAAGUGACAAGCCCCCUGCCGAGCUUGGAUCUAGUAGGGACUACAAUGUUGACAUGAUUCCUAAGUUUAUUAUGGCAAAUGGUGCUCUUGUGCGGGUUCUCAUUCAUACUGAUGUUACAAAAUAUCUGUACUUCAAAGCAGUUGAUGGCAGCUUUGUGUAUAACAAAGGAAAGGUCCACAAGGUCCCAGCUACUGAUAUGGAGGCCCUUAAGUCUCCACUUAUGGGCAUCUUUGAGAAGCGGCGUGCUCGAAAGUUCUUCAUAUAUGUCCAGGAUUAUAAUGAGAGUGAUCCUAAAACACAUGACGGAAUGGAUCUUACAAGAGUGACAGCUAAAGAGCUAAUUGGAAAAUUUGGUCUUGACGACAACACUGUGGACUUCAUCGGCCAUGCAUUGGCACUACACAGAGAUGACUGCUACUUAAAUGAACCUGCUCUAGAUACUGUGAAGAGAAUAAAGUUAUAUUCAGAGUCCCUUGCACGUUUUCAAGGAGGAUCACCUUAUAUUUAUCCUUUGUAUGGUUUGGGAGAGCUACCUCAGGCGUUUGCCCGACUUAGUGCUGUGUACGGAGGGACCUAUAUGUUGAAUAAACCUGAGUGCAAGGUAGAGUUUGAUGAAGAAGGCAAGGUAGCAGGCGUAACAUCUGAAGGAGAAACUGCCAAGUGCAAGAAAGUUGUCUGUGAUCCUUCCUAUUUGCCUGGCAAGGUUAGAAAGGUAGGCAAGGUUGCAAGAGCAAUUGCGAUAAUGAGCCAUCCAAUUCCAAAUACCAAUGAUUCUCACUCAGUGCAGAUUAUUCUGCCUCAGAAGCAGUUGGGACGCAAAUCAGACAUGUAUUUGUUCUGUUGUUCCUACACUCACAAUGUUGCUCCGAAGGGGAAAUUCAUUGCAUUCGUCUCUACAGAGGCAGAAACUGAUCACCCCGAGAGUGAAUUAAAGCCAGGAAUUGAUCUUCUAGGGCCUGUGGAUGAGAUAUUCUUUGAGACUUAUGACAGAUUCGAACCAGUGAAUGAACCCUCUCUGGACAACUGUUUCAUCUCGACAAGCUAUGAUUCUACAACUCACUUCGAGUCAACCGUGGAUGAUGUCCUCGGCAUGUAUACCUUGAUAACUGGAAAGGUUCUUGACCUUAAUGUGGAUCUUAGUGCUGCCAGUGCUGCCGAGGAAUGAGGGACUUUUUCCUUUUAGUCGUGUAGUGUUGUGUACUCUUUCAUGCUCUCCCAUCUUAAAAAAUUCUUCAUCUCAAUUUGAUGUACAAGUUUAACGUUAUCUUUUUGAUUAUGUUCUCCUGCAGCAGUUAUACUCAUACUCUUAUACUUUGUUUAAACUCUCUGAUAUGUGGAUUUCUGUUUCUGAUGCUAUAUGUUUCUUGAAUUGGGGUGUUC